AUGUUGGCGACUGUGACCGUAUUCACGGGAUUGGUCACGUUGACGACCACAUCCAGAAUCCCUCUGGUCGUUUUUCAAAGGUUCGACAUACACAGAAUAUCCGAUUUUGAGGAUUCCACUUUGUGGCCACUAGAAGAAAUACCACCGGCGGAUACGAGGCCGUAUUCGAACGUGGAACCUAGGAUACUAUAUCAAGUAGGGACAAUAUAUAAAAAUUAA